UCAUCGCUCUUGCGCGCACUCGUGCUUCAGAUCAUUUAUACACAGGCAAUGGUCGCGCAGUCAGCGAGAGAUUUGGAAUGACAAGCAAAUUCUCCGUUUCUCCGAACAGUCGGGUGCAACAGUCUCUACGUAGACUAUCAGUACGCCUAUCAAGAUUAGGGAAGACGGGUUCUACUUAAAUGAUCCACAGCAUUUACGAAAUUAGUACCGCUAGGAGAAUCGUAUGCGCGCAUAACUGCGAGUCUGUUAGCCAGCUAACAUUAGCUUCGCGAGCUAGUUGUAUGCUUCAAGGCUGAGCAGUGGGAGCAUAGACGCCCCACUCUCACAUCAACAUCGGGCACGACGUUGCGUCUGUAAUCACAUGCGAUUUUCUUUGGUUUUUCACGAACAACCAUGGCGACUGACCUUAUAAAGGGCUUUGUUCGCCUUUGUCUGAACCUUCAGGACCCGCAUCAUGUGGCAAGAUUUCAACAGCUUUGCGGAGUCAGGGGGACCUUUCCUAGAAAAUCUGCCAGGACGGAGGAGAAAGAAUUGGAGCCCUCUCCCAACGGUUCUUGUGUCAAGCAAUGUACGCGAGAGAGCAUAGACGACGGGAGUGUUGGACAGAACAUUAGCGACCUCCGACAGAGAAAACACACAAGUUCAGAAACUACAAAACAGGAAGAAUGCUCAAAUGGCUUGCUCAACGGGGCUGCAAUGCCCGAAACGGCAGAGCCUGAAGAACAAAAUACUCAAUCGGAGAGCUGUCCAAACACUGACAGCGAACAAGGAGGGUCGAAAGGAAUUGUCAAGCCGCUUCGCAAGAACUCCCUGACUGGUGAUGUUGGCCAGGAGUUCAUUAUUGAGAACAAGUUCCUCUUCUGUCUCUUCACUUUUGGAACAGAACUGGGCAAUGAAAUGUUCUUCAUCGUGUUCUUUCCCUUUCUCAUGUGGAACGUCGACGCCUAUGUCAGCCGGCAGAUUAUCGUGGUGUGGGUACUGGUGUUGUUUCUCGGGCAGUCCACCAAAGACCUCAUACGCUGGAAACGUCCAGCGUCACCGCCGGUGGUCAAAGUCGAGAUGUUCUACAAUUCGGAAUACAGCAUGCCAUCCACCCACGCUAUGACUGGCACCGCACUCCCCUUCUCACUUUUCAUGCUUACUUACGGUCGCUGGCAGUACCCAUUUCUCUUUGGCCUGAGUUUGGCAGUCUGCUGGAGUUUCCUGGUGUGCAUAAGCAGAAUCUACAUGGGCAUGCAUUCUGUACUGGAGGUGAUCACUGGGUUCCUCUACAGUGUCCUUAUCCUGGCCGUCUUCCAACCUUUGCUGGAUAGCAUCGACCAGUACUACCUGGCCGGCUCCAACGCGGCCCUGGUCAUCGUGGCUGUCCACGUAGGCCUGGGCAUGCUGGCCUUCUCCUUGGACACGUGGAGCACAUCGCGGGGAGACACAGCCCAGGCCCUGAGUACGGGAGGUGGCGCCGCCCUGGCCUCCCACCUCAACCACCAGCUGGGCCUGCAGCCCGACCCACCCUUGUCCCAGCUGCCCCUGGUGAUACCCGCCGUGGAUGGGGCUCUGCUUGGCCGCUCCCUGGCCCGACUCCUGGUGGGGGUGGCGGUAUUGCUGGCCACGCGGGCUGCCAUGAAGGCGCUGACCAUCCCGCUGGCGUGCCGCGUGUUUGGUGUGCCGCCGGGGGACGUGCGGCGCGCGCGGCAGAACGCUGCUGUGGAGCUGUCCUACCGCUACCUGGUCUACGGCACAGUGGCUUUCAGCUGCGUCUUCCUGGUGCCGCUGCUCUUUGACUACCUGAGCCUGUCCUGAAUCGCCUAAACCCUCCUCACACACACUUACACACAACAACCCCAACCACCCCCCCCCCCCACCCCACAGUCGGUCAGGCGCCUGCCGUUCCUACCAUCCCGUUGCAGCCCCCUGUCCCAAAGUCUGUAUCCACCUCUUCUCCUGUCCAAACUCUCAGUUCCUCGUGCGUAACCCGAACACACUCAACAUAAGGCUGUUGUACCUCCAUUAUCGCCAAUAUCAAAAGAGCUCCUUGAACAGAGGGCAGGGCCACUGGCCUCUUGAGAAAAACAAACUAAUGAAGAGUGAAGACAAAGCAGACUCAGCCAAAAUAGCCAUUCCUCUCACAGUACAUUUCAAGAAGUAUUUGCUUUUCUCAUUGUUUUGUUUGUGUGAUUUGUUGCUGGCAGGUGCCAACAGGGCAAAGUCCGUUCAAAAUGACCUAUUCAGCCUGCCAAAAUAUGAAAUUAAAUGAGGUUUAUUGCUUUGGCCCUCCGCUGGUAUUGAUUUUAGUCCAGACAUGGCCUCUUGCAGGAGCCUUGCCUUACCGGUAUAUAUAUCUUUGUGCAAACGCCAAUAAUUGUCUACCUUUCAGAGUUUUAAUUAAGGGUCACCUUGGCUUCUGUGUGACUGCCUACGUACAACCUUGAGGCCUCCAGAUCUGGAACUCAGACUGACCUCUCUAACCCCAACCCCGUUGGCCCCAUCGAACCAGACCUUUCAAGAGGCCCUGUUUCAUUGGAUCCGUGUCCCAAUGUCACGUCUGAUUCCUGUUUGUUUGACCAGAUCCUUCCUCGAUCCCGUCGCCCCCUCACAUGCUGUGGCAGCACACCCAUCCUGCGUCAUUGUGUUGUUCCCCCAACCCCCCACCCCAGCUCCUUGGACAAUAUCCUGGCUCCCUGCCCUCCUCUUGAAGCACUGGCUCUCUUGACAUUGCCCAUUCUAAUCCAACCCCCCCCCAUACGCUCACACACUUACACACACUUACACACACACACACACAUACACACACACACAGACGACUGCGCUUUGAGAAGGGUGUGUUGAGCAUCUGGAAACGGCUCUAUACUGCUGUGUACUGUACAUUCCCUCCUUUGUAGAUACAUGGACCAUUGUGAGCCCCCCGCCACAUAUUGUAUUUUCGUGGAGCCUCCAGUUCCUUUGUUGGAAGCCAAGUAUAUCUGCUGUGGUAAACAGGGAACCUUUCCAAAGGCAAGUGGCAAUAACUGUAUGUUUUUGACAUUUGUAAGCUUGAGGUUGAAAAGUGGAGUUUGAAUUGAGGACAAAGGACCUGGGGGGAUGGGAACUUCCUGUUGAAGCUGAAAGCCACGAGAGCCACGUUUAAACUUUCUGGAGACACUCUGUGAGGGUCAUAUGAAGAGAGGAGGAGCAGAGGAACUAUGUGAAGUGAAUGCUAUCACAAGGCAUUCAUGGGAAAUGCAGUCUUAAGCUCCUUCAAAUUCAUAAUGAGAUGAUGGGGUGAGGAAUCUUCUAAGGCCAAGUAACAUCUGUGUUGUGGGCAGCUGCCUGUACAGUAAAGGCCUUUGAAGUCUGAACACACUGGGUUUUCCUAUAAAGAUAAUUAUUAUGUUAAUAUGCUCUGCUUUAUGGAAGAAUAGGCAACAAUUCAACAGUUUCCCAACAGUAGUGUUUUUUUAAUUAUUAUUUUUGUUUGAAUCAAUUACCAUGUGGAUUAUGUUCAUAUAGUUAACUGGGAAAUUCUAUACUAAUUUUUGCACAACCCUUGUGUUUUAUAUAUGUGCUUUUAUUAAUGAUCAGUAUUUGUGUCCACAGUGGUGUGUGCCAUUUUACUUGAUUUACUUUUUUCCACUAGUUUUGCCCCUUUAACACCCUUGGGACACCAAGGCCCCAGAUGGACAGUAUUAAAGCCGUGGAGAUGAGAUUAUGAAAAGAUGGAGAUGGCGAAAGAAGUAAAAGAGACACGUGAUCCAUCUUUCACCUCUUUCUCUUCCGCAAAUGCACUGGUUUCUGGCAGUUCUGCUCUGUCUUCCCCUUUUUUGUCCCCAUACUCUCCAAAUGUGGUUUCAGUUCUCCUCGAGACCUUUGGUGUUUCAGCUACCGUUUCUAGCAUCAUUUGUGGUGUUUUUUUGUGCACUUUUGUCACUGUAGCCGAAUAGAGAGAGCUUUCCUUCAGACCCAACUGACACCACUUGCAGGGACCUAUUUGUUUUGUCGGUAGAGGUAGUUGCGGACAAAUGCAUUUAUGGCUUGAAAGGGCUACCUAAUAUUGAUCCAUCUAUUUACA